AAAUUUCAGAUGAAACUUCAUUAUCAUAUUAGUAUAAUUAUCCUAAGAAACACAAGCAUUGUAUAUGCUAGCUCAACGUCAUUGCAGUAAUAUCUCCAUUUCUCCAUGGAAAACGAAUAUGGCGAAUAUAAAUAUUUUUUUUUAUAUAUAUAGCCCCUACAUAUCUGAGCAUUAAGUUUCAUUAUUAAUAAGCAAUUACACAAAUCAAAGUAGUGACAAAGAAAAGAACAGAGAAGAACACACACAUGGAAGAUGGUAAAAAACAAGUUGCAGAGAAAAAAAUGAAGAGAUUCCUUCUCGUAGUAAAUUGUCUCAUAUUAUCCCUAGGUACCUGCAGUGCUCCCCUCAUAAUGCGUCUCUAUUUCAUCCACGGCGGCCAACGUGUCUGGCUCUCCGCCUUCCUCCAAACCGCCGGUUUCCCCUUGAUGCUCAUUCCCCUCGCAAUCUCAUACAUCAAACGCCACCGUCUCCACCACCAUCCUCCACCAUUGACAACCAUCUCCAUCGCCCCAGAAAAACUAAAUAUAAUCUCCAUGAAACCUCCUAUUUUCUUCGCAGCUGCCUUCAUCGGAAUCCUCACCGGCCUUGACGACUAUCUCUUCGCAUAUGGCGUUGCUCGGCUUCCAGUUUCCACUUCUGCCUUAAUAAUAGCAUCUCAGCUUGGUUUCACUGCGUUUUUCGCUUUUCUUAUUGUGAAAGAGAAAUUUACAGCUUUUACUGUAAACGCCGUUGUUUUGCUUACGGUUGGAGCUGGUGUUUUGGCUAUGCAUACGAGUAGUGAUCGUCCUGCUGGUGUUUCUGCAAAACAAUAUUGGAUUAGUUUUUCAACCACGGUUGCUGCUUCUGCAUUGUAUGGAUUUAUUUUGCCUUCGGUUGAGUUGGUUUAUAAGAAGAUUAAACAACCCGUCACUUAUUCUUUUGUUAUGGAAUUUCAGUUCGUUACGUGCAUGUUUGCCACUCUCUUCUGUGCCAUAGGCAUGAUUGCAAACAAUGACUUUAAGGUCAUUCCAAAGGAAGCAAGAAAUUUUGGGCUUGGAGAAAGCACUUACUAUGUUGUGUUGGUUGUUAGUGCGAUAAUGUGGCAAGCGUUUUUCUUGGGAGCUAUUGGAGUUAUUUUUUGUGCCUCGUCGUUAUUGUCGGGUAUUUUGAUUGCUGUGUUGUUACCACUAACGGAAGUGUUGGCAGUUGUUUUCUACAAAGAAAAAUUUCAAGCAGAAAAAGGGGUGUCACUUGUACUUUCUCUUUGGGGGUUUGUGUCCUAUUUCUAUGGAGAGAUCAAACAUGCCAAAGCAGAAAAGAAGAAAUGUAGUUUAGAAAUAAAGAUGGGUCAAACUCUUGAAGGGCUACCUGCUCCGUGAUUGGAAUGUAGGGUAUAAAAAUGUUUAGUAUUUUAUUAAUUAAGCCAAAUGCUUUAUUAAAUGUCUUACUUUUUUUUUAGGAAAAAAAAAAGGGAAAUGCAAGUGUAAACUAGUCUCAUAAAUAUUGAUCCCCUAAUAAGUAUGGUUACAGUAUAGACUUACCAAUAAUAUAAUUAAAUUUCCCGUAUUUUAUUAACCA